UAUUUCUUGGGAAUGCGCAAACCACUGAUUCGCGCCGUUUCCUGCUAACUUUGAGUGCUAUUUAUGUUGUUUUGUUUUAUAACAAAAGAAGAACGUUAAUAACAUUUACCAAAUUAGAUGCCUUUUGUUAGCAAGUGGGGCUAAAGAUGAGCAAGAGUAUUAAAGUUGUUUAUCCACCUGGAUGCAAAGAUGUUAAUGAAGAACUCGGCAAAGAUGAACUUGUUAAGCGACUCAAGUUGUUGGCGAGGGCGUUCCAAGACAUGGGACAGGACGGCAAUGAGCAGUACUCGGGCCUGGCCAUCAUGCUGGCCACUGACUUCUACACUGACCACCCCAACAAGGAUGUCCGACUGCUUGUGGCGUGCUGCAUUGCCGACGUUUUCCGAAUAUUUGCACCUGAAGCACCAUACAAAGACGCCGACCACCUGAAGGAAAUCUUCAUGUUCCUGACCAAACAGCUACGAGGACUAGAAGAUCCAGACGCGCCAUCUUUUAAACGUUACUUCUACCUGCUAGAGAAUUUAUCCUGGGUAAAAUCAUUCAACAUCUGUCUUGAGUUGGAUGAAAAUCAGGAAAUAUUUGUGGCAUUGUUCAAGCUAAUGCUUUCUAUUGUGAGUGAGAAGCACUCGAGCAAGGUGAAGAACUUCAUGUUGGAUAUGAUGACUCCACUGAUCGCGGAGGCCGACGCAGUGUCUCAGGAUCUGCUUGAUGCUGUUCUCAUCAACCUGGUCGAACCGCAGAAGACACAGCACAAACAAGCAUAUGCAUUAGCAAAAGAGUUGUUGAAAAGAACCAGCAGCGCUAUUGAACCAUACAUACAGGCUUUUUUUAACACGACUCUGAUGCUUGGCAAGACAUCCGAGAGCGAGGUGUCCAACCAUCUGUACGAACUGAUUUACGAACUCAACCAAGUGUCUCCGAAUGUCCUCUUAGCUGUCCUACCUCAACUGGAGUUUAAACUGAAGAGCAACGAGGAGAGUGAGAGGAAGCAUGUGACGAAGCUACUCGCUAAAAUGUUUUCUGAACCUGGCUCGAUGCUCGCAGUGCAAAAUAAACCUUUGUGGAAUUGUUUUCUUGGGAGAUUCAAUGACAUCAGCACUUCAGUGAGAAUUACUUGCGUCAGCUUUUCACAACAUUUCUUCCUCAAUCAUCCAAAUCUUACCAAGGACAUAUUAGAACAGAUGAAGGUGCGCCAGCAUGACCCGGAAGACACCGUGAGGAUGGAGGUUGUUAAUUGUGUGCUGAACGUGGCUAAGAAAGACUUUUCUGUUGUCAACGACGAUAUGAUGACGUUCAUCAAAGAGAGAACGAGGGAUAAAAAAUUUCGCAUACGGCGUGAGGCUCUCCUUGGCUUAGGUAUCAUGUAUAAAAAUGUCAUGUCCAAGACUCCUGUGAACCCAGUUGAGGUAGAAAAAGUGUCGUGGAUUAAGCAGAAAGUUUUCUAUGCUUAUUACCAAACCAGCAAUGAUGACAGGCUGCUUGUGGAGAGAAUAUUGAACAUACAUCUGGUUCCGUAUGUUCUGGAACCCACUGAGAAGAUGAAGAAAUUACUGCAGCUCUUUGGAAGCCUCGACGAGAAGGCUGUCAAGGCAUUCAAGGAAAUGUUAAAGCACAGGCAUGGUGUACGGUUAUGUGUGAUGCAGCUUCUUGAAGCCUUGGAGCAAUCAGGCCCGAAUUCUCCUCCAUUUCUACCUCGCUUGGCUGCAUUAGCUAGAACGUUGCCAGAAAGUCAGAAGCCCCAGGAAUACAUGAAGAAGUUCUGUCAAAUUUUGAAGACUGACCAGCGAAUGAGAGGCCUUCUGAAGUUAAUAAUCGGUUCCGAAUGCACCUGUCAGAAAGCGGAAACUGCUGUGAAAGAAAUUCUGAAGAAGAUUGGUUGUAAUGUGGGACACCCCAACUUCUUGUACAACCUUGUGAAAUCUCUGCUGGAACGUGUCGCACCGGUCAUGAUUGAUGCCGUCGCGAUUGAGAAACUUGUCAAACAUAUCGACCAAGUGCUUAAUGGACAAAGUAACUGUUUGGAUGGUGUUGAAAAUGCAGGAGAAAAAAGUGUUGAAUUGUUGUUUUCACUAUCAACUUGCUAUCCAUAUUAUUUCCGAAGUGCAGAAGUUUUUGAGAAGUUGCUGACAUUCCUGAAGCAUGAUGAUGAUGCUGUUUGUGAUAUUACCUUACAGAUUCUAACCAACACUGGCGGCAGAAUACAGAGUAACCAUCCAAAUAUUUACUCGAGUCUGGUUCCAUUAUUGGUGAGUACAGCGAAGAUGGGCAAUCCGAAGCAGACGAAACAUGCCAUUCAGUGUGUGAGUCAGAUCUGUCGAGACAAGGAGCCCAUUUUGAGUCAGAUUUUUGAGCAUGUGAAGAAGAACCUUGAUAUAGAGAGUGCCAACUACAUCACCUCCAUAGUUGCCAUGGGCCACAUCGCGAUGCUGUGUCCCGACAAAUUUUCAGCGGAGAUGAAGAGCAUUGUGUCAAAAGUUAUCGUGAAAGAUCUCUUGAUGCAAGAUAGAACUGAAGGAAUACCCACUGAAGAAAGUUGGUAUGCCAAUCAUAUGGUUUCUGAGGAAACACAAGCAAAGGUCCAAGCGAUGAAGUUGUUAGUUCGUUGGCUGCUUGGUAUUCGGUCCAAUGCUCAGAACUCGGGCACGUCCACAUUACGCCUUCUUUACACUGUGAUCAUUCAUGAAGGUGACCUCAUGGAACAAGGAGCAAUAAAUAAACCAGAACUGGCCAGGUUACGCCUCCAAGCAGGCUGUUCUCUGUUGAAACUAGCUGAAGAAACGUGUUUUGCAGAAAUCAUUGGUCGAGAACAGUUCCAAGCACUGGCCUUGUUAAUAAAUGACACAUGUUACCAUGUGAGGUUAAAAUUUUCACACAAGCUACACAAGGGCCUGCUGUCGAUGAAGCUGCCCCUGGAAUACAUGAGUAUUUUCUCACUGGCCGCCAACGACCCACUGAAGGAGAGACGUGUCCAGCUGAAGCAGUUCCUCAACGUGAACGUAAACAAGAGGAGAGAGUUCCUCAAACAAAACCCGGGUGCAAGAAAUAAGAUGACUGCUAUUCUUCCGGACUAUGUGUUACCUUACAGCAUUCAUUUGCUUGCCCACGACCCAGACCUGAAGUCCUAUGACCACACAGAAGCAUUACGGAACAUCAAAGAGUGCUUGUGGUUUUUGAUGGAACCUCUGAUUGGUAAAAGCGAAGAUUACAACUAUGCAUUUUUCCAGCGAAUGAUCGAGAGUAUUAAGCAAACCAAAGAUUCACAAAACCCAGAUGAUGAAGAAACAAAUAAGAAACUGUAUGCCGUCUGUGAUGUGGCUCUUGGCCUUUUGAUGGCAAAGGCUACCAACGUCACACUGAAAGAUGUCAACGUGGAACCAGUCCUGCCAUCCAAACUAUUCACCAAGCCAGACAAAUCCUAUUCCAAUACCAAAAGUUACCUACCUAAAGACUUCAAGUUUGAUGGUCCAAAGAAAAAAGGUAUCCAUGCCUUGAUUGACGGAGCAGGGAAGCACUCUGCCGAAGUGAUUAUGGUGGAAAGUCCAGGGCCUGUUAUAAACCCAUCGUCACGUAGUCCAAGAGUGUCUCGCAAGCAGUGGGAAAAGCAAAAUCAAAAGAAAAAUGAUUCUGACAGCGAUUCCCAGAAUGAAUCGGACAAAAGCCAGAGUUCGGAAGAACCGAAGAAAGUUACGCGAGGUACAAAGAAGACAAAACGAGGACUGGCAGGUGCCAAGCAGAAGGCUGCGGCGGCAGCAUCAAAGAAAGACAGUGGGACGACAUCAGAAGAAUCUCAGCAGUCAGAGGAAUCGGAGAAAAGUCAGACCAGUGUGAAAGCGGGAACCAGGCAGACUAAAAUUGAAGACUUUAGUGCCAAAAGUUCAUCCACGAAAGAGAAAGAACAGUCUAAAAAAUCAUUAGUCAAUGGUGCAGCUAAAAGUUCUGUCAAAUUAAAACGGACUACUACUACUAAAAGUGAUACAAAAUCUUCGGACAGUAAUGCCAAGAAUGCGUCAAACUCGCGGAAACGGCAGCUGAGUGCCGAAGACAGUUCAAGGGCAGCUAAACAGAAGAGAUCUUCAGGGUCAGUAGAAACCGAUUCUCAGAAAACAAUCACAGAUGACUCGCCUUCAAAACUUUCCUCCCAAGCAUCAUCAACGCGAAUAGCCAGAUCGGUUCACUUGGGAUUAAGAGAGUCAAAUGUUGUGAAGAACUUGCAUUCAGAUCUGAGUGAAACGGAAACCUCACAGGACAGUAUGUCGUCACGACUGUCUCCACGGAAACGACAAGCAUCCUCACCAUCUUCACCCCAUUCCUCUCCGUCUUCACAGGACGCCAGUUCACAACCAGCAUUCAAAAAGUCUCUCUUAACAAGAGCUGGCGUGACGAAAGCUCAUGUAGGCAGUGGCGUGGAGUCGUCGUCUCCAGCAUUGAGUCGAGUGACGCGAUCUCGCGACGUCACACCAUCCAUCACAGAGUCGUCACAGACAUCAUCUCAGGCAGGAAAGGGAGAUAAUAGGAAGGGUACUAGCAAGAAGGAAGCUACCAAGGUUUUGACCAAAGGCAAGCAGACACAGCCAACCAAGCCAAAUGUCCGCAUUGUCCGGAAGGCGAGAACAUUUACUAAUGGCACCAGCGACGGUGAUGAGACCCCGGAAACUGAUUCGUCCAUGUCCCCUCGGAGGACGGCAGCUUUGACUAAAGCAAUACAGGAGGCCACAAACGUGGCCAAAGGCUCGAAUGUAAUUUGUUAGAUUGCAUUACAUUCUAACAUAACAAACACAAAACAAGUAAGGAGGACCACCAGAACAAGAAAGACUUAACCGCACAAAAACCGUUUUAGGAAAGAAACCCAGGGAAUUCAUUAGCAAGACCAAGUCAUCCUUUCUGUUUGUAACAUUUCAUCCUGGUUGUGUUUGUUUCCAUGUACCUGUGAAAUGAUAUCGACCUCUACAUUUUUAAUUAUCAACAGAAACUACACUGUUAUAUGUAUGAAUGAAUGAAUGUGUGUGCAUGUUUGUGUGGGUGGUGUGUGAAGAAAAAAACAACAAAGAUGCAGGGAUCAAAAAACUCUUGGUCCAGCUGUAUUUUGCAGGCAGAAAUUGCCAUGAUCCAAAGGAUCUUUUUAUCUUAUGUGCAAGAUCUGUUCUCUGACCGUAUUUGGCAGCCACUGUGUCUGAAACAUUUCCAUUUUUUUGUUUCUUUUCAUCAUUCGGUACUUUUCAUUUCAUCAUUGUUGAUCGACACAUAAUCGCAGUGCUGUUUGAUUUUAUUUUGAUUUUAACCAAGUUUUGUUGUUUGGUUUCGUCUGAUAGACUUGACCAAAGCAAGUCCAUGAAGAAUUCCAAACAAGCUGGACCCCCACGCCCAUACGUUAAAAAAACUAUCCUCAAAGAAGUGAAUUUCCGACCCUCAUAGACUUUCAGUGUUAAUAGCUUGUGAUAUAUUGUGAAAGUAUACAUUGUACAUAAUGAAGUGUUCUGGAAAUAAACAUGAAGUAGACUAA